CGUCUCCGCGCCGGAAUGGUCGGUUAUUCGCCCCCUUAGCUCGACCCUAAUCAGGCUGUCACGCCAAUCUCUAUUUUGGCCGAGGAUAGUACAUGUCUGUCCUAGAUUUGACAAGAGCUGGAAUUAAUUUUCUUGCUAUCGAUUUCGAUUUGACUCUAGUAGACACGCAUACGGAAGGCCGCUGGCCUGGAUCUCCCUCGGAACUAGCUGCACGAGUGCGCCCAAAUUUGAGGCAUUUAAUGAAUGAGGCUAUGGACGCAGGAAUACACGUUGCAAUUGUGACGUUAUCACCCCAGGUGCCAUUGAUAUCAGCAGUGCUUCAAUUGAUAUUUCCUGCCAGCUGCGAUAUGAUACCCAUUCGUGGAAGCGACGGAAAUUGGUUUUAUGCUGGCCAGGGAUCACUUGAGGGGAAACAAGUGCGUAUGGUUCUCGAAUCACCUCAAUUUGACUCAUCUGCAGUGGAGGAGUUGACACACUGCCAUUCGGCCCAGAUAAACAGGAGAACAUCAUUGCUGAUAGACGAUGAUGCAAAGAAUGUGAGCCGUGCCCUUGACAAUGGGGUUAAUGCCAUUCUAUUUUGUCCAGCGGACUCACUUUGCCUAAGGCGGGGUAUUUUGGCACUCGUGGACAGGGUCGGAACCGGGCUCCCAAUGCGCCAAGGGCACCUGGUGUACCUGGCUUGGCCAGAACGGCACGCGGUCCUGGUGGAGGUCUUGUUGCACGUUCUCCAGAUCUCCUACGAGUGUAGUCACGGUUGGCUCUAUUUAUGUGUCAAAAGCUGUUCUCCCAAAGAGGAUGGCCUGGGUGCCUAUGUAUACGUAACUGGCUCGGAUUCCGCUUUUCCGGUGCCGUUAGUAGAUGCGGAACUCGUUGAGCACUUCGCUGAUGUACCUCCUCGCUUGCUCGGUUCCUCGUCAGUUGUUGUGGCGCUUGACUGGGCUUGCCCUUCCUCCGUGGACCUUUUGAGACCGCGCGAAGCUAUCGAGACGCCGACCGUGACGACGAAGGCAACAUCAAGGUGUAGUACACUGCUGCAGGGUAGCAGUGGAAGCUUUCUUAAGAAGAUUUUAAAUCUUAUAUCCACCUUACAUAAUCCGUGGUCAAUGGAGCGCGCCUGGCGCGCCGUGGUUAAGGCAAUUCGAAAUAGCGACUUACCAGACCACGCGCAUUGCUUAAGAAUCAAGGCCACACGCAGCCUUCGUACGGUGGACGAGCGCGCUCUGUCGUGGAAUGCAGCCCACUGCCAUGAGGAGUGGCUUGUGGUGACACCGGUCGACGAUUCAAUUGUGACUCAGUCUUUGACAAGUCCAUUGCCACGGUUCCGAUGCGGGCGACCAAUCUUGCUCCCUGAAGGAAUCAAGGAUAGGAACGUUUUGGCAGAGAUCAAAGCGGGUCCCGAUAGCCUGGCUUCAGUUGUGGGUGUGAGGCUGUGUGGAGAGAUGACACAGCUUAAAGGUCCCCGAGGUGCUUUAUCUGAAAACCUGCCAAAGAGGGUUGGGGGGGCGUAUCGGGAGCUCUGGCGAGGUCCAGGCGCGCUGCAGGAACGUGAAAGUCAUGCUUCCCCCCGCACUGUAUAUUUUGUCGUUACAGCAGUUAUUUUGGGAACAGUAACUUGCCAGAUUAAUGAUGGCGAGUGUGCCAAUGCAUUCCUCUGUCAACGAGCGGGCGCAUGUUCUCAAGCGCAUUUCCGUGGCAAUGCCCAGCCCAGCUCGGCUCAUGACCGACCUUUAUCUGUACUACGCAUUCGUCUUUAUGAUAGCAGCAUGGGCUGCCUUCUUCUAGAAGCAUACUUGAGCGAGACCAACGUGAAGAGAUUCGUGGAGUCCUCCUUGGGAGACCAGAAGAAGGGCCUCGUGGUUGAUGCUAGCUUAGGCGAGUUUUCUGCGCUUGUCGAUGAAAAUAAUGCGCGAACAAUUGCAGAACAAAAGAUCUGUCUACCUGGCGAAAAUCUGACUCAAUCAGAUGAGACGGUGGUCGCUUGGCGACCUUUGCAAAAAGAGCACAAGCUGAACGAUUCAGACGUGACAUGGAGGCUUAAAGUUGCGCAAAAUAAUGAAGUGCGCGAGCUGGCAGCAAGGUGCAUACAGCUCCUUACUGCCAUCGAGGGCCAUACGUACGCAAUCAAGCGGGCAGUUAUGCUCCAGGUUGUUUCUAAUAUCAACAAGGUGCUCGUUCAAGUGGUCAAUGUAACGCAAGCAAAAGAUUCCAGCUUGGCUGAUGCCAGAUAUCGGUCAGCAAUCCCAAUGAGGGCGCGGCGUCUCUUUGGUCGCUGUCGCGACGGUAUUGUUGAGGAACUUAAGCGCGCCACUUUAGCAGGCCUUCUUCAAAAAGAAAUCUGUGCUCCAGGGUCGACGCUCGAGACUGUUUGCUUGCCACGUGACUGCCAAAUUGAAGUUAGUGAAGAUGCCAAGAUUGUCUCUCUUGGGCUUGAUGAGAUGGAGAAGUUUGUUAAUUGGCGAGUUGUAUGUGUUGGGCGCCGCUCUGUGUGUAACCGGGGGGAAUUCAUUGCAGCCCAGAAAUUCGGAUCCACCGGAACCCUGACCCUUGAGUCGCCUGCUCAAUUUGCAUCAACACGAUUAAUUGUGUUGGACCAUGCCCGGGUUGAGGCGAUGAGCCAACUCCUUCGUAUUCUUAACCCCUGCGCUCACGGAUCUCAUCAAGAUUCCGGCACUGAUUUUAUCGCACCGCAGGUCUUCCUCGGUGAUGCACCAGAUGCAGAUCGGGCUAUCAAAUUACAAGAUGAAGACUGUUUGAUCAAAGACCGUACUCGCCGGACAGGCAAGCCAUCUUCAACGUUCCUGAAGCGCGACACACUAGCGAAAGGAAGACCGCCUAAUGUUUUGCUUCGCGAUACACGCAGUCGCGUCAAUGCGCAGGGUGCUAGUGUGCGUCUGGACUGUCUCAAGCGCACCAUCCACUUGGAGGAUCGAUCUUACCAAAGACGCAGAAAGCAAAGGAAAGAUCGCACAACUCGAGCAGGCUUCGUUGUCAGCACCCGACGCCCGUCCAAUGGGUACUGAAGCAUGGCUUCUGAUGAUGUAGAAGGACCGUCUGCCCCAGUCACUCGCACCCAAAGCCCCCCUGUCGGAAGUAGAUGGGGAAAAGCAUCCUUUGGGGAAGGGGGGUGACACCGGCCUCAAACUCCGCCCAGCAGGCCCGGAGCGUCGCCAAAUUAUCGCGUGGGUUGAUGUGAGCGCCCUGAGCGCGCAAAUAGAGCUAUGAGGGCCUCCGCCGGCGCGGUCGGGGCGGUCGGGGGCGUCGAAAACCGACACAUAAGCGAAACGUGCCCUUUG